UGAUAUAGUUUUGAUGACAGGAACAUGCACAGCAAUGGUGGAUUCUAUUUGCAGUCCAAAGCAUUCAAUGAUGACUACUGGUUUAGAGGUGAAGAUAAUGGGGCUAUUCCUGCUCAGCCCCUUAAUGAUCUUCAAGCAGGUUAUGAGUACAUCACAUCUAGCUAUGAUACAAUCUAUGAGCAGCCAAGAAAGAAGCUUUUGGUUUCACAAACUCCAAGUGACUUGCAGGACAAUCAAAAUGCAAGGAAGCACCAGUCAAAGGGAAAGGGUUUUGUACCUGGAGAGGGCUUUAGCGUGUCGCCGCUCCUGAGCAUGCCUUUGAACCAGUGGAAUAAGAACAAGAGGAAAAGAACCUUGUCUAAUGAAGAAAACCAUGAAGUCAAAAAUGGCUCGGUUGAGGCUCAACAGUGCAGGAUGCAAGUUCCAGUAAAGAGAAGUCAAAAGAUAGGUGACAAAAUCACAGCUCUACAAAAGCUGGUGUCUCCAUAUGGCAAGACUGACACUGCUUCAGUACUCCAAGAAGCUUGCCUAUAUAUCAAGCUCCUUCAAGAACAAAUUCAGAAUCUUCUCCAGAUGCUAAGCAGCUCAUAUAGUAGCAUCAGAGCACUCCAACCACAGCCGUGCAUUUAUGUAGAGGAAAACGGGGAAAGGAAACCUGAUUUGCAAAGCAGAGGACUCUGUUUGGUUCCGGUAUCAUUGAUUCAGGAAUGGUCGAGAAAGAACCGCGCUGAAGCUCACAGUCAUCUGGUUCAUCAAGGAAGUUGGUGAAAUUGUUAUGACGGGACUUGUCAUCCAAACUUGUUUGAGAGCUGAUUAAGCAUCACCCGCGGGAGAUACAGUUCAGAGAGAAAAAUGGUAACAGGUUUCUGAUUGGUCGAAGAACCUUUUAUUAACUCUAGGAAGAGAGGAUCAGAACUAGUUGAAGAGAGGUCUCUAGGUGCC